ACGUGUUCGCUCGCGGUUCUGGUUCUUUAGUUAAGAAGACUUUGUUUUCUGUAGGAGGGUUUGUGCCAGCCCUCCAAGAAUGUCAUCUCCCACAAUAAACACUAUCCGCUUAGCAUUGGUGAGAAACGCGAAGCGACACAGUUAUCGCUGAGCUUCUCAGUGUACGCUGCCAAUCCCGUCCCCUGCGAUGCGAACGCUCUAUUCAAGUCAUUUGUGAUAGUCUAUUGACGGAGUUCAGACACCAGUUAGCUGUGCUCGCCGUGAAAUGGGUGUUUGUAUGUUUGACCACGUGGUGUUAUCGCUUAUGGAUAUUACAGAACUCGCGAAAUCUCAAGGAAAUUACCGCAGUGGAAAAUUGACUUAAUCACUGUAGGCAUUAAGUGGAUACCGGCCCGCAGAAAGAAGGAAAACACCGAUAGAUUACUAAAGCGAUAUCAGCCGAGUCGGCGGUGCACGUGAAAUAGACAGGCGAGCGGCGUGCAAUUGACAUGGGGCGAUCCAACUUGGAAACCACGUACUAUAGGGGUUGUUUGUGAAAUGUACACGUGCUGGAUCAGCUGUGACUCUGGUAUGGAACCUUUAUGGUGCUAUAUUCUGUGAAUGUCAAUUUCAGACAUGGAGUACCGCGUGGAUGUACUUCUUCUCAUUUCGUUCAUAUCGGAGACAAUUACAGCAAUUGGCAUAGAUUACAACUGGUCGACGCCCGUCCCCCUGCCUAGCUUCUUCCCCUCCCCGACAAACUUCACCUACACCGAGGGGGACCUCGCCAGACUGGAGUGCGCCAUCAACAAUCUCAGUACCAAAAAGGUCAUUUGGAGGAAAGGCUCAGAUCCGAACCCGCUCACCAUAGGAAAGAGGACAUUUGUAGACGACAAGAGAGUUAUCAUAGAACACACGCCUCUUCAUCGGAACUGGAACUUAUUGAUCAAGCGAAUUCAGCUGGAUGACGAAGGCAUGUACGAGUGCCAGGUUAGCUCCAAAGCGAGACACUUGAGGCACCACGUGUAUCUAACAGUAUUACCAAGUGAAACUCCGAUCAAACACAAACCAGAUGACGUUCCCAAAACACACAAUGGCUCUGGUUUGAUAUAUGACAUCCGAAUCAGCGGGGAGAAGUAUGUUGAGAAAGGCCAGAUGAUAAACCUCACGUGCAACGCCACUGGAGAAGAGCAUCCCCCCGAUGACCUCGACUGGUUCAAAAACGGGGAUAAACUUUCUUCUAGCAUCACGGAUCAGAUUGCUAUACAGAAACGUGUGUCCCUCACAACACGGACAAUUGUGAGCAUUCUGCAAAUCAGCAAUGCGGGUAUGAACGAUGCUGGAGUAUAUAUAUGUCGGACCUCGGACCUACAAAUCACCAGCGCUAGAGUUAAUGUAUUAAAUGCUCACACGUACAAUGUGAAAAGACAUGAAAAGGACAAGAACAAGGCGACGUCAGCCGCCUCUGGUGGUUCCCAACUUGACAAUGGGGCGCGACCUAACACUGCCCACUCUGUAAGCGUUGUGUUAACAAGUGCAAUUUUCAUGUUUCUCAACAAUGUCACGUGAACAUUCACUCCAACUAUAAACCAAUGGUUGUAUAUCUUCGUCAUACUUUCAUGAACACUCAGCAUUGCUCACACGCAACGGAGACGGAUUGGUCGAUGUUCCCAUGUUCAGACAACACUGUUAUAACGACUGUUGUGAUUGACAGUGAGAUUGACGAACAAAGCUUAACUCAGGGGAAAUGUGAUGAUGAUCAAGAAUUACAUCUUGAUUUGUUGAUUUCGUCAACAUUGACGUAUUCACAUGCGGGACAUGUACUGUCGGGACAGAUAAUUCAAGGACAUUUAAGCUGGGAUAUAAUGACACUCUCCCGACUUUUAUAAGCACGAUUUGUUUCUAAAGUGCAAUCAAUGUAUAUUUUAGAUAAGAAACAAAUAUCUGAUAUUUUUAACGACUGAUUAUCCCAUCGGUAGAACUAAACAAAACAGGAGGUUGGUUUCUGGUUCUUGAGCUUUCAUGUUAAAUGUGCUGACUUGACGCCCCUGUCCUCGUGAACAUAUGGCAUGCCAUACACCAGGAACACUGACACACCGUGUGUUACAGACUGCACAUCAGCAUAUCAUCAGAUGCAUGUCCAACUCACACAGCGGCACAGGACCAGGAUUAUAGUGCACAUGAUGUUUGGAUCGAAAAUGCAGGAAUUCAACACGAACGGAAAAGAAUCAGCUGUUAUCAUAACGGUUAACAAUCAAACCUCCGGUACGUGUCAUGUUUUAGGUGAACCUCAUAUCAUGUCAUUUGAGUAUAUGUGAUAAACCAUCAAGCCAGUGAAGACAAGCCACCGCGAUGAACAAACCACCAACGAUGACAAGCCACGGAAGUACCCGUGGAGGGAGAACAGUGUAUUUCCCGGAGCAGCCUUUGUGGUGGCGCUUACACGACAUCCACAGACGUAUGUGUACAUAUUAUUGAAGGGUGGGCCUGCCCAUCAUUGUCAGAAAGAGAUGUACAUAUGAUUACUGCUUAUUUAUGACCGACGAUGUCUCAUCCACGAAGGUUCUGAUGUAUGUAUAUACUAGUAAGUAAACGGGAUGUCGAGAUGCAUAAUCAUAUUUCAGACACCUUUUUAACAAAUUAGGUCUAUCUCAUUUUACACAGUGUGAAAUCCCACUAUUUAUGUAAGUUUGUAUAUACAUGUAUAUCACGCAUAUACUGUCAGAUGUUGUCUUUACGUAACACGUGCAAGAUUGUGAAAAGGUCAUGUUUUUAUAAUCUAUCCAACCGUUCCAUAGUUUACUUUCUGAUUAAUUGUACCUGACUUUGCUGAACCUAACUUCAUGAUUCCUAAUCACUUUCAUCUGUCAUAUCCAGGUGAAAAUGUGAAGACCCUUGGUCUGCGCAGUCCGUGUUUCGAGCAUUUCGUUACAGAUAAGGGUACAUUUCGAUCGUGGUAUGUGUGGAAAUGUAGGUCUUAAAUUGUACAUGUUGGACUUGAAGGGUGUGUUAUGUACAAUAGAGCUGUCCUAGAAGUACGACCAAGUCAGGUGUCCUGCGUGAAAAAUUGAGAAAUGAUAAGAUAUGACAUUCACAUUACAGCGAUCGUGGUGAGAGGUACGGUAAACAUGAUCAAUUAAACGACGACUCCUGACUGUUAUUAAACAGGUUUAACUCCGUUCAUUUAGCAUCUUGUGAUGUAUCUGCUUAUAAGGUUGCCGAUACUGUUAAUUACAGUGUCACACAAGACGUCAUCAUUUCCGAUAUACCACUACAGGAUCAGAUAGAGACAUCUCGUGCACGCUGCUCAGUUCUCAGUUCCGUCGCUGCAUUGUUGUCAAAUUACAGUCAACUUUAAGUAUAACUCAAAACUUUACCCUGCUUCGUUUUAACUUAUAAUCUAUAGCCACGCUUUGGAAAGUGGCGCAUUCAUAGAAGUAUUUUCUUUACCCGUCUUGAUAAUAUCAGGAUGUGAAAGAACCGAAUAUUCAGACUGCUGUCACUUUCUGACACUUCUGAAAGAAGCUCACGUUAGACAUCACACAAACCAGGCUGCACCUGGACUAGAAUGGAGUCAUUAUAUGUAUAUACAUAUUUAUAUUAUGUUGAUAUUUAAUAAAUAUUAGAAAUAAAAAAAUGAGCAUC